GGCGUCUUGGCUUUCUGUUUUCAGAAGAGGGUCGCUCCAGGUUUGGCUGGCGAAGAGCACCGUCGUGGCAAGAGGCUUGGCGAGCGGGGCAGCCGUCGCGCGAGAAAACCAAGAGACAUGAUGGACCGUGCUCUUCUAUUACUGCUGUUUUCCACCCCUGUCUGGAGCCUCAUGAAUGGAAUAGACGCAGAACAAGAUUUCAGCUGGCAGUUAAGAAAAGUACCACAGAUAGUGAAAGAAAAAACUUUCCUCCUCGACGCUCCUAAAUUUGAAGCAAAUGCCAAAUUGGAGCUGAGUGGAGUGUGUGGGAUUGAAUGCCAAAGGACUCUCCCGGUGCCACGCCUGUCAGACUUGAAGGAGCUUCUCUCCUACGAGACUGUUUUUGAGAACGGGACACGGACCCUGACUGAGGUGAAUGUUUUGGGAGCAGAUCUUGACCCAGUGACAAACACCACUGCCAAGGUGCGCUCCCGGAGAAAGAGGCAAGUCUACGGCACUGACAGCAGGUUCAGCAUUUCCGACACGCGCUUCCUGACCAACUUCCCUUUCAACACCGCUGUAAAGAUCUCCACGGGCUGCAGCGGCAUCCUGAUUUCACCAAAGCACGUCCUCACUGCUGCUCACUGUGUGCACGAUGGCACAGAUUACAUCAAAGGCAGCAAGAAGCUGAGGGUGGGGUUGCUGAGGCUGAAAUCCAAAGGGGGCGGCAAGAGACGCAGGGGAGCCAAGAGGAGCAAGAGGGAAGUGUCAGAGGUCAAGGACCACCACACUGAUGCCAAACAGCUGGAACAAGGUCCCAGCAAGAGAGCUGGCAGGAAACAAAAGGCAUCUGGGUUGAAUGAAAGGAAAUCUGAGCGAAAGCCUUCCUUCCAGUGGACCAGAGUUAAAAGUACACAGAUCCCCAAAGGCUGGCUGAGAGGCAUAACUGGAGAUGUUGCAGUGGAUUAUGACUAUGCAGUCCUGGAGCUCAAGCGUCCUCACAAGAAGAAAUACAUGGAGCUGGGCAUUAGCCCAGCUAGCAAAACAAUGCCUGGAAGCAUGAUCCACUUUUCCGGAUAUGACGCUGACAGAUCUGGCCAACUGGUCUAUCGGUUUUGCAGUGUAUCUGAGGAAUCCAGCGAUCUCUUCUACCAGUAUUGUGAUGCCGAGUCUGGCUCUACUGGAUCGGGGAUCUACCUUCGCCUUAAAGAGCCCAACAAGAAGAAGUGGAAGCGCAAAAUUAUUGCCAUUUAUUCUGGUCACCAGUGGGUGGAUGUGAAUGGGGAAGAGCAGGAUUACAAUGUGGCUGUUCGAAUUACUCCUGUCAAAUAUGCCCAGAUUUGCCUCUGGAUACAUGGGAACAAUGACAAUUGUGCACAGGGCUAAUGGCAGCCGAUGCAAGAUCAGCUCUAGUAUCUGACAGUGCUAUGGAGUGAAGAACCUGCAAAAAUAAAUGCUGAACGUACAAUGACCUGCAUCUGACUUUAUUUGAACUUGAAACCAGCAUUUUUUCUGAUAUGCUGAAAACAUUUACACAGCAUUUAGCAGAAUUUCUUUUCGACUGAGUUGUUUAAAUUGACCAUAGAUAUGAUGUGCACUUAAAGCCCCAUAUUGUAUUACUGUAUUUAUUGUUUUUAAAUUGUGGUAAAUUCGAGUCAUUCAUAUUACGGAGCAGAAACUAAUGGCUCUUUCCGUUUGCUUGCAUUAUUAAGGAGAACCGCCUUCUCUUUUAACUGGUACUAUUAAACUAUGUGAUUGUUUUGUUUUCAACUUA